AUGCAGCGAUUUCACCUCAUACUCCUGCUACCGUUCACCUUCAUCGCAACAUCUUGCAGUAUCGUGGCCGCUCGUGAUGACCGGAGCAACACACUGCAGACUGAGACCCGCCACUUACUGACGAAGGAGGAGCCCAGCGUUGCUAAUGGAAAUGGCUACAAGUCCAGCAACUCCCGAUAUUCUGCCAUCGAAGAAAGGGGAGUUCUCUCCUCCGUUGUAUCGAAGAUCAAGGGCGUUUUCGGCAGAAACAAGAUCGUAGACCUCGGCAACAAGCUCGACUGCGUACGCAAGGACUCUGAUGGAGCAUUGGCUCUUGGAAAUAGUCGUGUGAUGAAAAAGCUGACGGCGGCGGUGGAAAACGAUCCGAAAUUCUUCUCCAAGUUGAAAAACAAUCCAGAAUCGGUCGAGAAAUUGGUAAAGAACCCCGAGUUACAACGAGCAGCGGCAACUAUGGAGAAGUCGAACAUCAAGAUCUCCAAGAACGACAUUAACCAGCUUCGCACGAUUGUCGCGGAGAAUCCCAGCAAAGCAAGCAUGCUAGAUGACGGACUUUUGGUCUUGCGGGUUAUACUAAAAGUGGCGCCCUUGGUUCUAUUUACGGGAAUAAUCUUCUAUUUGAUGGGGUGGGGAGUUUAUAACGGCCUAAAGUCGUGA